UAUAAUUUUAUUCAUACUUCGGCUUUCGUUCAAUGUGGACGCGUUCGUUCAUUUAAAAGUUAAUGAGUUCGUUUGAAUAACGUCUGGUAAAAUUUACGGAAAAAAAAGAAAUUGACCAAGUUAUUCAAUUAUGAAAUACAAAAGAACAACAGACAGUGUUGAAAAUAUAAAACUAAAAAAAUAAAUAUAUUAAUAAAAAAGUGUCUGUGAAUUAUAACAAAGUGAAAAACUUGAAAAAAAAUAUUUCCCAAAAAAAUCCAAAACAAAAGACCUAUUGGCAAAACUUACGUAGGACUCAACAAAAAGUAUUAAAUUCUAAUAUUAUAAAUUGUGAAAUAACUAAACCAAAGUGGUGACAUUUUAAUAAAAUUUUAAAUGGGAACUUUGAGCUCUUUCAUAAACAUACGCUUUUACAAACGACGUUGUGGCUAUAUAAAAUCCAACAUUUAUAGACCAAAUACUUAGAGCAACCCCAAAAAAACCUUUUCCCUACCAUAUUAAAAAAAAGCUAGCCUAGCAGAAUUAUAGAAGGAAAUAAUAAACAAAACUUCAUACCAACUAAAGCAGCAGCAUAGCAAACAGAAAUUACCACACCAACAACAUUUCAAAAUAACAAAAAAAAUCAACUUUAACCUGUGGCAUUUCUUUGGCGAGAGAAUACAAAAUUCAACAGGCGCCAGCAACAACAGCAACGCACGAAUUUAGUAGUGCUAAAAUUACAAAAGGAAAAAAACGCAUCCAAAAGAAGUGCGCCGCCAUACAACUGAGAGAUACUGAAUCACACACAUUCAUUAUCUAUUCAUCUAGUCAGCCAGCUGCAAAAUUGCAACAACAACAACAAAAGGCAACCAUUGUCGAGUGCUACUUCUCUACCUACCUAAAUAUAACUACACAUACCACAAAUUUCUAACUACACACAUAUUUAUCAAUAACAAAGGAUAACCAUCAAAACGAGAUACCGAAAAUGUGGUGUAUUGUGAAUUUGCCUAACGGCACCCAACAGGCCGUCAAAUGGGAUCCCAAAGCAAUUGGUCAAGAAUGCUUAGAAAAGGUCUGCAAGGCUUUGGGUAUUAUAUGCGAAAUGGAAUAUUUCGGCCUGGAACACUGGACGCUCAAUCAAAAGGAAUCUCGCACCCAUCAAUGGAUCAAUUUGCGCAAUCGACUAUCUUGCGAUGGUGGCAGUGGUAGCGGCAUACAAUUAAUGUUGGCUUUGCGUGUCAAAUUCUGGGUGCCGGUGCAUUUCAUUCUACAAGAGAGUGCCCGCAAUUUGUUCUAUAUGCAAGCCAAAGCUGAUUUACUAGAGGGACGUCUUUCGGCAAGAAAUUGGACAAAUGCUGCCAAACUGGCCGCUUUCUUGUGUCAAGCGGAUGGUUUGCAUUUCAAUGAGGCAUCGCUGAAGUGUGAAUGUCCCAUGAAAAUUCGAAAAGAAUUUGAGCUGUUAAAGCAAAAACAACAACAACAACAGCAGCAGCUACAACAACAGAUGUCGCAAAAAGAUCGCAAAGAUAAGGAUCAUGUGUUGUCCUUUAAGAAAAGACGCCUCUCCAAACAAAAGUCAGUGGAACAUAUUGACCAUGUGCAGCAGCAGCAACAAUAUCAAGCAGUGCCUUCUACAUCCACCUCCACCGGCAACACCAAUACAGCUGCAACAUCUUUACCCUACAGUUCAAUAAAUACCAAUACCAAUUUACCACAAACCAAACCUCUUACCUCAAGUACAAAUGAAAGUUCUACCAAAGUACCUAGCGAAAUUAAAAGUGCCUGCGAUAAUAGUCUACAGCAUGAAGAGACAAUAGAAAAUUCUAUACGAAAUUCCCCCCUGCGUAUAUAUCAGGAAUAUAUAAUAAGGCCAGCAGGCGAUGAGGAGGAACAGUCAAUGCCAGAAAAUUUCCUAAGACAAAUUGCUGUGGAGCAUGGCAAAUUGGCCAUGCUGAAAAUGUCCUCGAAAUCGGCCAAGUAUUGGCUAUUGCAAGCGUUACAGGAGCUACCUGGCUAUGGUGAAGAAGUUUUCUAUGGCUUUACAGUGGGCGAAAGUUCACAACGUUGUGAUAUAGCAGUGGGAGCGCAUGGUAUUAGAGUUUCCACGGUUGACAGUGAUAAGAACAUUCCGUUUAGCGCCAUAGCUGCUGCAAAAUCAUUUAAACGAACAUUUAAGCUAGAAUAUGUAGAUGACAACAAUGAUCGUCGUGAAAUAGAUAUCAAAUUACCCAAACACUGCAUUGCGGAGGGUCUGUAUAGAUCGAUUACCGAACGCCAUGCCUUUUAUGUGUGCGACAAGGUGCGUGGAGUGGUGACAAAUCAAUUUACCAGAGAUCUCAAGGGGACCAUUGCCUCCAUGUUCAAAGAAGACACCGAACUGGGCAAGAAAUACAUAUUCGAUAUACGUCAAACCAGCCGCGAAGUAAUCGAAGAAGCCAGACGUAUACUGCAUAAGCGUGGCAUUGUUACCUCAAUGCAAGUUCGUGAAGAUAGUGAGGCGAAUGCAAGUGAGGAGCAUGAUCUAAACAGCUUGGGCUUGGGUGAGGUUUCGGAAGACAAUAAUGACAGCUGCAGUGCUACAAUAAUGGCCAGUAAAUUGGAUAGAAUGCUACGUGAAAAAGCAGAACGUGAAGCUGCCAUUGAACGCUGCGUAGUCACCAGAAUCUCAGAGGCAAUGACCUGUAAAAUUUGCAUGGAUAAUGCCAUCAAUUCAAUGUUUAAUCCCUGUGGCCAUAUCAUGGCCUGUGAUCAAUGUGCCUCACGCUGCGACAAAUGUCCCAAUUGUAGAGUUAAGAUCACCAGCGUAGUCAAAAUCUAUUUGCCGCCCGAACUAAGAAGUGCCCCAAGCAAAAGCAGCGAAUCAAUCAAGUCCCCUGCAGCAGCAACAUCAAUAACUUUGCCUGAAGCAAGCAGUGCAGUUAAAAUGACCACAAGGGUCUAAAUGCCACUAAACUAGCCAUAGCCAUAGCCAUGGGGUAAAAAAAGGACCAAAAUCCCCUAAAAAAAAACAACUAAAUAAAAUAUCAAAAAAAAGUCCUCUAACGAACCAGUAUAUAUGAGUAUAAUUAUAUAGCUAUUAACAAAUUAUUGUAAACCUACAACAACUACUACUACUACUGCUACUACAAACUACCUUUACUCUUUGUAACACCAACACUUGCGACAAACACACUAUGCAAUCAAAUAACCGCCUUCAAUUCCUUCAAAUAUAGCAUUUAAGAAUAACCAAUUAACCAACCAACCAACCAACAAACAAACAAACCGUUCUCUUAACUUUUAAGCACCUAUUUAUUUUUUAAUUAUAUUAUUAAAUAUUUUUUGUGUAUAUAAAUGUCCCCAUUUUAUGUUAUUAGGCCUUAUAAAGACAACCACAACAUUUGUGUACUAUGAAUUUUAAAUAAUUAACGGACGCAAUAAAACAAUGCAAAUCUAUAAACAUACAUAACAUAGUUUAUGUAUGUAUUUAGAUAUUUAUAUCAAAUUUAAA